AUGGAUGAUCAGACGACCCCUGUUCGCCAGCAGCAUAUUUUUAACGUAGAGAAGCUGCAUCGGUAUCUGACAGGGAGACUUCACAGCGUUUCUGAAAACACAGAAAUUUCUGUGCGGCAAUACAGGUCUGGUCAGUCCAACCCAACAUUUCUCAUCCAAACUCCAAAUAAGAGCUUUGUACUGAGAAAGAAACCUCAUGGAUCUUUGCUUCCUGGUGCUCAUAAGGUGGAUAGGGAGUAUGUUGUACAGAAAGCCCUGCACUCCACUGAUUUUCCUGUUCCUCAGCCUCUGCUUUUCUGCUCAGACACAAAUGUUAUUGGCACAGAGUUUUACAUCAUGGAGCAUGUUCAGGGCCGUAUAUUUCGGGACCCAAGACUACCAGGCAUCAGUGCAACAGAACGCAGUGCUCUGUAUGUUGCUGCAGUUGAGGUGCUAGCCAGACUUCACUCUGUAAACCUCGCCACACUCGGCCUAGUAGGAUAUGGGAAAGGGGCGGGCUAUGCCAAGAGACAGGUGUCCACGUGGACAAAGCAGUAUAGAGCCUCAGCCAACAGAAGCAUUCCAGCUGUAGAUGAGCUUUCUGAUUGGCUGAGCAACAAUUUGCCAUCCACUGAUGACCAAGUGACCCUUGUACAUGGUGAUUUUCGAAUUGACAACCUGAUAUUCCAUCCAUCAGAGGCCCGGGUGCUAGCUGUAUUGGAUUGGGAGUUAUCCACAACUGGGCAACCACUGGCAGACCUGGCUUACUUCCUCAUGCCCCAUUACUGCCCCUCCCAUCUCAAUAUGAUAACUGUUCAUGGUGGAGUUACAGGGAUAGAGGGCAUCCCUUCUGCAGAAGACUUGAUCUCCAUUUACUGCCAAUGCUGUGGAAUCUCUCCUUCACUCCCACAUCAGAAUUUCUUUAUUGCCUUGGCCAUGUUUAAAAUGGCCUGCAUUGCACAGGGUAUUUAUGCCAGGUCUUUGCUGGGGAAUGCCAGUGCUCCUAAUGCAGCUCAGUUUGGUGAGAGCGUGGAACCUUUAGUUAAGCUGGCUCUGAAGAUCGCCCACAGCUCCUCAUUGGCUGUACAAGUUCCUGAUAGGUUAUUUCUCCAGUCUGCUAAAGGUUAUGAUGUCCUCCAGCAAGUUAAAGAGUUCAUGCAACAACACAUACUGCCUGCUCAGAAGGAAAUUACAGAGUACUAUUUCAAACACUGCGAUGGCCCUGAGAGAUGGCAAACACCUCCUGUGCUGGAGGAACUAAAGGCAAAAGCUUGUGCUGCUGGGCUGUGGAAUCUGUUUCUGCCUGCAGUGAGUGGACUAUCUCAGCUGGAUUACUCCUACAUUGCUGAGGAAACUGGACGAUGCUUCUACGCUCCUGAGGUCUUCAACUGCCAGGCUCCAGAUUCGGGGAACAUGGAAGUGUUGCAUCUGUUUGGUUCUGAGGAACAGAAAAAGCUCUGGCUAGAGCCCUUACUGCGAGGAGACAUACGAUCCUGCUUUUGCAUGACUGAGCCAGAUAUUGCCUCAAGUGAUGCGACUAACAUGGAGUGUACCAUGUACAAGGAUAAAGACCACUACGUCAUCAAUGGCAAGAAGUGGUGGAGUAGUGGUGCAGGCAACCCUAAGUGCAAGAUCGCCAUAGUCAUGUGCAAGAGCAAGGCUUCUGAUAGUAUGAGCAGACAUGGUCAGCACAGUAUGAUUUUGGUUCCUAUGGACACACCUGGUGUGAGGAAGAUCCGACCUCUUACAGUGUUUGGACAAGAUGAUGCAUGUCAUGGUGGCCAUUUUGAGAUACACUUUGACAAUGUACAUGUUCCUGCAAACAACAUUCUUCUGGGUGAGGGUCGGGGGUUUGAGAUAGCUCAAGGCCGGCUAGGCCCGGGUAGACUGCACCACUGCAUGAGGGCAGUUGGACUGGCGGAGCAGGCACUGGAGCUGCUGUGCCAAAGAUCUGGUAGCAGAAGCACCUUUGGCAAAAAACUGUACCAACAUGAGGUGGUGGCUCAUUGGAUAGCAGAGUGUCGCAUUGCUAUUGAGCAGGUGCGUCUACUAGCUCUUCAUGCAGCUUAUAUACUUGACACACAGGGGAACAAGGCUGCAAGGAAACAGAUUGCAAUGAUAAAGGUAGCAGCUGGCAGGAUGGCUUGUAAGGUGGUGGACUGUGCCAUUCAGGUCCACGGGGGUGCAGGAGUAUCUGAUGACUUCCCCCUUGCACAAAUGUAUACAUAUGCACGAACUCUGCGUCUAGCUGAUGGUCCUGACGAGGUUCAUCUGUCCUCCAUCGCCCUAAUGGAGCUCAGGGAUCAGCUCAGACGAAUUCCCGCUAAACUUUAAACUAACCACUACUGAAAACUUUAUUUAAUCAGUUAUGAAAACUUAAUUCACUUUAGUCAAAUUAUAUUACUCAGCAUAAAAUUCAUAAUUCUUUACUAAUAUAAGUAAUUUAUUCAUAUUGGCUUAAAGCUUUGUAAUGAUAAUGCAGAUACAGUGGGCCUCAACAGUCUGAGACCACUAGAGAAAAUGCUUCUAUUUUACAUUCUUUUCAAAUUUAAUGCAAAAAUUUUCAUUACAAAUUUAUAUUAUUGACCACAACGGAGUGUUGUCUGAACAAUAGAAGAGAUUAGGUGUGAAGAAAAUCUGACCAUUUGUGCAACAAAGUAAACAUGAUCAAUAUCCCAAACUUGCUUACAUUUAAAUAGGGCCCUAGAAAGAGUACGGACUCUUAACUAUUAAAUACUCAAGAUAUUGAAAAUUUACUUUCUUUAUUUUAAAUAUUUGAAAAUUCUAAAAAAAAAAAAGAAAGUCAGUCAUGCGGCAUUAGCACAAUGCAUAAAAUCAUGCAGAUACAGGUCAAGAGCUUUAAUUAAUGUUCACAUCAAACAUCAGAAUGGGGAAAGAAUGUGAUCUCUGAUACGUUAACCAUUUAACCAUUUAAACUGGACAGUUGAAGAUUAGGGCAAAAAAAAAAUAAUCACCUGAACUUUUUCCAUUCUUUAACUGACCAGUUUCGCAACUCUGUGAUAGCCUCACAUUCUUGCUCUUGGCUGACAGGAGUGGAACACAGUGUGGUCUUCUGCUGUUGUGUUGUUCUGUUGUGUUUAUAACCACAGUUAUAAAGAGUGAUUAUAUGAGUUACUAUAUCCUUACUGGUAGCUCAAACUAAUCUGGCCAUUUUCCUCUGAUCUCUCUUAUCAGCAAGGCAUUUCCACCCACACUGUUGCUCACGCAAUGUUUUUUGGUUCUUUCACCAUUCUGUGAAAACUCUAAAGACAGUUGUGUGUGAAAUUCCCUGGAGAUCAGUAGUUUCUGACCUACUGAAGCUAGCCCAUCUGGCACCAACAACCAUGCCAUGAUCAAAGUCACGGAGGUCACACUUUCUUCAUUCCGAUGUUUUUUAUGUAUGCAUUAACUGAAGCUCUGCACCUGUAUCUGCAUGAUUUAUUUAUUUUUUUUUGCAUUGCGCAGCAACCACCUGAUUGUCUGAUCAGAUAACUGCAUGAAUGUGCAGGUGUUCCUAUUAAAGUGGAUAGUGAGUGUGUGUAUAUAGACCGAUCAGCCAUAACAUUAAAUAUGGUGCCUAAUAUUGUGUAGGUCCCCCUUGUGCCGCCAAAACAGUUCUGACCUGUCAAAGCAUGGACUCCACAAGACCUCUGAAGGUGUGCUGUGGUAUCUGGCACCAAGAUGUUAACAGCAGAUCCUUUAAGUCUUAUAGGUUGCAAGUUGGUGCCUCUAUGGAUCGAACUUGUUUGUCCAGCACAUCCCACAGAUGCUCUAUCAGAUUGAGAUUUGGGGAAUUUGGUGGCCAAAUCAACACCUUGAAAUCAGUUGUUAGAUAUCCAUGAGAGCAGAGUAUUUUUGUGAUUAUAACCUUUUGAUCUUUUGUUAAAAAACAAUCAAUGCGUCAUUUUACAUUUACCAAUACUAGAAUAGCCUAAUGAAAAGCCUACAGUGUUGAUCAGUGCAACCAAUAUAAAUAUUACAGUAUGAAAUCUUGUGAUAAUAAACAGAUUCCGCAACUGUGCAAAUGUGAUGUGCUUAUAGAAAUAAAUAUGUAACAGGUCCUUUUCAGAUCACUGAUGACUCAAAACUGUGUGAAUAAAAAUAAAAAUAAUAAUUGAAUUGUUUUAGAAUAUAAAGCUCUCUUUAAAUCUAUAAUUGCAUGCUGAAUCUCUGGAAAAGUAAAGCUCAUUAGUUAAUGUGCUGUGCUGGUUAGCAGGAUGUUGUGAGAAAGUACAUCUGCCAGAAAACCACUGUUAGACCCUCAGGUAAGAUCUUAACCCUUAACUGCUAUGUGCUUGGACUGUAUCCUGCCAUACCUGUAAGUCACUUUAGAUUAACCUGACUCUCAAAUAAAUGAGAAAUAAA